UUUACCCUCGGCGGGAUUUGAACUCAUAGCGCAAUGAGUUGAAACAAAUACUGCCAGGAUUUCAUCCAACGCUCUAACCACUAAGGAAUAUGGUUUCGUUGAUCAUGAAUAUCAACAAAAUGGUUGAGUCGAUUUAAAACCUGCAUUGUCUAUAUCAAGCAUGAGCAAACUGCGGCCCGUGGUAUUUUGUAAAUGACACACUUAAUUUCACGAGGAAAAUAACGUUUAUUAAAUUUACCUUGAAUUUUUUUCAGUCGUGCAACCCGCUUCUCGAAAAAGGGUUGCGUGUGCAUUGUCUAUAUUGUCCAGUUCAUUUCAGUUACCCUAUCAUUCUGGACUUAUUCCACUUGCUUUUAGGUUUUUUUAUGACUUCUACUGGGAGUUUUUGCUUGCUAAUUGUUUUGAUAAUUUCAGGAUGAAGUUUUCAAAUCAUUACAUCACAUAUAUGGAAUCUUAUCUCUGAAUUACGUGCACAGGCACUGCUUUGAUUCUUUACUCUUGUCAUGAUUACUAACCGAGUAGUCGAGGUAACGGGAAGUGGCUAUGUAGUUGCUCGACCUGCUAGAAAUAACAGCCAAAUUCCUUUCCCGUCACAUCCUACUGUCGUUUAAAAGGCGCGCGCACACACACACACACAAAGAUUGGAUAAUGCCAUCUAGCGUAUACUGUUAUUGAGAAAAUUAUGGAAUGGUUAUGACCGGAAUGUUUUUGAUAAUAGGCCUGCUUGCUCAGGGCCACAUUGCGGCCGAAGAACUGAUAACCGAGUGGAAAAGCUACUACAGAUUUAGUAGCGCGAUUUGGGAGUUCGUAUUCUGUUUAGGAAUUUGUGUUAAGCCGAAAAGGAAACACAUACCAUAAAAGGUUCACCAAAAUUUCCCAGAACACCUGAAAUUACUCUUUUAUAGAAUACUGAAUAUCUAUAUUCAUUCAAAUUGAUAGAGAAAUUACUAUUUUCACCAAGGAAAAUGUCUUACAAUAAAGGAGAGUGUAUUCUUUCAAAUAUAAAAUUAAAUCCUUAUCUAUGAUUCAAAACAUGAAAAACUUCCCUUAAUUUUGUAUAUUUAUGAAAUAUAUAUAUUUCUUCAAGGACUUGAUGUUAAAUCUUAAUGAUAAUUUUGAGGCACAAGAAAUCAGAUUUUUGUCUCUAAGUUUUGUUUAAGAUAUAUUCUUUUUCAUAAACCUAACAAAAUCUUUGUCAAUUUCUCUUUGCCUUCUAUUAUUUUUCACAUGAAAAAAGGCAAAAUAUGACUUUGCCAUAUGACUUCAACUAUAACAAGAUUGCUUCUCUUUAAUAAUAUUUCUAAAUUUAUGAUAUCCAUUCUGUUGUUAAAAAUAGACAAAUUAUAUGGCUUCCACUCAACAGACAAAAGAAGUUUUCAACCACCAUGAUGUACUCAUUAACAUGCAUUGUUUAGGCAGAGAAGCUCUAAACAACUGCAUUUCUAUAUCAAAGCAAAUAGGGUUCAGUAUUAUUGACUGGUUAGAGUUCCAUAACCUUCUUCAUUCAAACUUUGGUAUUGAUUACAAACAAUGUUUAAAUAGUGGUCAAAUUUUAUCUUUGAAUACAAAAUAUUUGAAUGAGUUCAGAAAAUACAACUUCCAACUGUUAUUGAUUGAAUCUUUAACAAAUAUAGAGAAAAAAACAUAGGAUAUGCCUAGAAUCAUAAACAAAAAAUGUUUUAAUCAUAUUUGUAAGAAAUAAACAAAAUAACUUUGAGUGCCAUGAGGAGAGAUGAGUUGUAAUAGCAUUCAUACUAUUUCAUAGAUAAGAUAUAUAUAACAUAAAUACUAAUGCUAAAUAGUAUGGUCUUGUUUUAGAUUGGUGUUGAUAAAUAUUGCUUUUGUGAGCUAAUUUUAAAAUAUGUAACAUGAAAAUAAUGGUAAUCCUCAAAAGCAAAAUGUUUUUAUAUUCACUGUUGUAUUUAGAAUUUUAUUGUAGAUUGUAAAACACAUAAAAUUGGUUGUAUAGAUUAGCAAGCUAAAGGUACCGUAACUAAUGUCCACCAACAGCCUCUUUCAAAAUAUUGAAACAACAAAAUUAUUAAAAAAAAAACAUACAGUACAGGAUUGAAAAACAAAGAAGCAAGCUGUAAAUCUAUAUCAUUUUACUGCAAAAAGAAAUAUUUCCUGGAAAGGAAGCUUGAAGGGGUAGUUAAUUUCGAAAGAUUUGAUUCUGUUCUUUUCACAAGAUAUGAUUCCAAUGAGUAAAUCUUCUAUAAUAUGUGUCCCAAACAUUAAGCUAAAAACUUGUUGAUUACAUGAGAGAUUGUGUUCUCCUUAAAUGAUAAACUAAACAUAUUUCAUGUUUAUAGACAUGUUAGAAAACUACAGAUACCAAGUCCCUAUGUAUAAAAGCUGUAAUUUGACAUAUCACAUCAAUGCCACAAAUAGAUCGUAAUUAGUGCUUUAUAAAUCAUUAAUUACUUUGUUUUUGUUUGUUUAUUUGGGGGUUUUAUUCACUUUGUAAGAGUUUCGUUCAACAUAAUUUACCUGAGAAAUUUACCUGUCUUCUUCUAUGCUACUUACCCGCCACCACCACUUGAAGUAUAUUUUAGUAUAUUUAAGUAUAAUUUCUCUAAUGUAAAAAGCAAACUAUUUGAUUUACUCUUUAUAUGUUAAUGAGUUAUUUUUUAAACCAUUUUUUAAUUUGAAAUAAAUAUCUUCUAAAAGAUAUAAACUCUGAUAUUUAUAAUUUUAUUUUAUUUUUAUUAUCAAUCAAUUAAUUAGAAUAGCAUAAACCUAAGUAAAUAUUUUACACACAAACAUUAUUCAUUCAUAUAUUUCAACCUAAUCAAUACUUUUAUUUAUUUAUUUAUCUAUUCAUCAAACUUGGUAUACAAACAAUAUUUGAUUUGUUUAAGUUAACUGUUUGUUCAAUUAAUUACUAUUUUAAUGAAAAGUUGAAAUAUUCUGUCAGUGAUUCAUUAAGAAAAAUGUUGCCACUUUAAACAUAGCAACUUGUGAGAUAAAUAAAGUGUUUAUAUAAAUCAUGUAUUCUGUCCAAUCAAUGUACAGCAGCAUGGGAAGUCAGUUCAAUUUUGAUUUCUGUCCUCCCACAAUGGGCUCACCAAAUAACCACCAGAUUGGAAAAUACUCACUCACCCCUAAUAAUCAUAACUUUUGCAACAAACGGACUUACAAAGGUGAUAAACCCUACCGAUGUGAUAUUUGUCGGAAAGGCUUCUGUCGACGUAGCAACCUUAGUAACCAUGAACGGUCUUCAGCAUAUGAAAAACACUUCUAUUGUAUGUAUUGUAGAAAGGCUUUCUCUCAGCGUGCUCAUUUGAAAACCCAUGAAAUAACCCAUACAGGACUUAAACCUUAUUCGUGUGAAUUCUGCUCAAAAACAUUUGCCCAACGUGCCAACUUUGAUAACCACCGACGCACACAUACAGGUGAACGGCCCUACCACUGCAGCUGGUGCUCAAAAGCUUUUGCUCAGUUGACAAACCUAAACAAUCAUGUACGGAUUCAUACUGGAGAACGGCCUUUUGUGUGUUCAAUGUGUUCCAAGGCAUUUAGCCAAGUUACAAACUUACGUAAUCACGAACGUAUCCACACAGGUGAAAAACCCUUUGUGUGCAUAUUUUGUGCAAAAGCAUUCAGUCAAGUAACACACCUUCGAAAUCAUGAACGUGUUCACACUGGUGAAAAACCCUAUACAUGUUCCACUUGUUCUAAAGCUUUCAGUCAACGUGCUAAUCUGGAUAAUCACAAACGUAUUCAUACCGGUGAAAAACCAUUUGCCUGUUUAGUAUGUAAGAAAUCUUUCUCACAAGUUACAAAUUUACGGAACCAUGAACGCAUCCAUGCAGCAUCAGGUAAUGCCCCUUUGAACAAAAACAGCACCACUGCUAAUAAAACCAACAAUUAUUACACUGAUGCAGACAGCAACAAUAAUAGUUACCGGAAACAUUAUAACAACCAACAAUCUCAGCACCAUCCCAUAAAACACCAUCCACAAAUCCAGAAUCCAAAUUCAUCGCCAGAUAUCCAGGCUAGCACGUCCCCUACUGAUCUCAAUGUUCGAAAUAUGCCCCAUCAACAGCAACUCCCGCCACCACCACUACCAUCAUUACCCCCUUCUUCUGCUACUGCCAUUCGUCCCCAGCCAAUAACCAUCCCAAAUUGGAUGACUCCGCCCUCCUAUGUACAACAAAUCACUCCAUCUUGGGAAAAUAGUUACAACUGGUCAUCUCGAAAUUUCCCAAUUGCUUCAUCCCGGUGGAAUUCCAGUAGCUCACAAAACAUUCCUAGUCUGCUGCCCUGUGGCAUUGGCCAAACCAACCAUAGUAUUGAUUUAGAUCCAAAACUGUAUCAAAGAACCUAAGAAGUAUAACCACUUUUGUGAUUUGUAAUGCUGGAAUAUUUAUGUAUUUAGAUAGAAUUUUAUUAAAAUAUGUAUAUUUUUACAUGUUCUAUUGAAA